CUCUAAGUAGGGUGUUUGACCCUCUAGUCGACUGCGUCUCCUGUGCCCCGGCGCCAGCUGCGUUCCUGACCCCAGAAUAAAGCAGGGCUGCACUGGGCCUGGCAGAGUUCCGGAUACAUUUCCUGUCGCGGCCCAAGGGAAGCUGUUGGCCGCCAGGCCUCUGGUGGAGAUCCUUGGCAGUUGAGGGAUCUGGCAGGAGAGAGGGCGGAGGGGAGGGGAUGGGGGACAGGGUGGGGGCAGCCAUCCGGAGAGGGCGGCGACCGCGCUCCCGAGACAGCCCCGCGCCCUCGGGCGGGACAGAACCAAGUUGGGCGCAGCUUAGGGCGCCGGGCCUCCGCGAUGAGGCCGGCGCUCGCCCUGUGCCUCCUUUGGCCGGCGCUCUGGCCCGGGCCGGGCGGGGGCGAGCACCCCACCGCCGACCGCGCCGGCUGCUCGGCCUCUGGGGCCUGCUACAGCCUGCACCACGCUACCAUCAAGCGGCUGGCGGCCGAGGAGGCCUGCGUCCUGCGCGGCGGGGCGCUCAGCACCGUGCAGGGGGCCGCGGAGCUGCGCGCGGUCCUGGCGCUCCUGCGGGCAGGCCGGGGGCCCGGCUCCAAAGACCUUCUGUUCUGGGUGGCGCUGGAGCGCGGGCGUUCUCACUGCACCCUGGAGAACGAGCCGCUGCGGGGCUUCUCCUGGCUGUCUUCCGACGCCGCCGGGGCUGAAAGCCACACCCUGCCGUGGGUGGAGGAGCCCCAACGCUCCUGCACCGCGCGGAGAUGCGCGGGACUCCAGGCCACCGGGGGCGUAGAGCCCGUAGGCUGGAAGGAGAUGCGGUGCCACCUGCGCGCCAAUGGCUACCUGUGCAAGUACCAGUAUGAGGUCUUGUGCUCCGCGCCGCGCCCUGGGGCCGCUUCUGACUUGAGCUACCGCGCGCCCUUCCAGCUGCACAGCGCCGCUCUGGACUUCAGUCCCCCCGGGACCAAGGUGAGUGCGCUCUGCCGGGGACAGCUGCCGGUCUCCGCUACCUGCAUCGCGGACGAGAUCGGCGCGCGCUGGGGCGAGCUCCCUUCAGGCGCCGUGCUCUGUCCCUGCCCCGGGAGGUACCUCCGCGCUGGCAGAUGCGCAGAACUCCCUGACUGCCUAGACGACUUGGGAGGCUUUGCCUGCGAAUGUGCUCUUGGCUUCGAGUUGGGGAAGGACGGGCGCUCUUGUGUGACCAGUGGAGAAAGGCAGCCAGCCGUUACGGUGCCCACCAGGAGCCCGCCGACCACUGCAGCCAGCCCGGUGCAGAAGAGAACGCAGUCACCCAGGGACCACGAGAAACCAGGAGAGAUACCCCAUGUCCCUGAACAAGGCGAUUCAGUAACACCUAUUCCUGAGAUUCCUCAGUGGGGAGCACAGAGCACGAUAUCUACCCUUCAAAUGUCCCCUCAAGCCAAGUCGAAGACCACCAUAACGCCAUCAGGAAGCGCGAGUCCCAAGUUUGAUGCCACAGCUUCCUCUGCCACUCCCCAGGCUUUCGACUCUUCCUCCACUGUGGUUUUCAUACUUGUGAGCAUCGCAGUAGUAGUGUUGGUGAUCUUGACCAUGACAGUGUUGGGGCUUUUCAAACUCUGCUUUCACAAGGGCCCUUCCUCCAGGCCAACGAAGGGUCCUCUGGCCCCGCCGGGCACCCAGAAUGAUGCUGAAGCCGCUGCUUUGCGCUCCAAUUCUACACAUUGCACAGACAACGGGGUGAAGGCCGAGGACGGUGGUCUUCGGGGCAGAGCAGAGGGUGCCUUGCUGGCGGGGUCCUCCCUUGGGUCUGGCGAUAUAUAGAGAAACAGCGGGCACAGGCACUCUUUACAAACAGAGUUUUUCACUUUAGAUGAAAGGGGAACCAAGAGGAAUUUAUGUGCAGGCCUGGAUUCCUGCAGAAUCCUCCCUCUCCCACAUUCCUCUAAAUUUCCUCUAUUGCGCAGAGGAGCUAAAUCUGAACAACACACUCCUUCCCUGAAGGUGGAAGAAGUGAAAGCACCUUAGGAUGGUGGUACUGGGAGGGAGGGUCGUGCUGGGAAGAGGUAUUUUCUCAUGUUUAUUCUGGAGAAUCUGGAGAACUUAUUGCCUUUUUCAUGACGUUGGAAACACAUGGAAAACAAUACAAUUUAUUUUUAUACAUUUCUACCAAAAUGGAAAGGAAAUAUGCUGUCUACAUUGUUCAGGCUGGGAGUAUAUUUGUUUCAAAUUCCCAGGAAAAAUAAAAAUAAAGCAUUGUUGAUAA